UUACUACCUAGCCAACUGACGUAUUCGAUACGUGUUGUAACCAUGUUAAUUGUCAAAUGUCAUAUUGAAUCAAAAGUUAAUGGAUUUAAAGUAAGUUGCGGACGGAUCACGGAACGCAUAAAAUUGAAUCGAAAUGAAAACCGACGAAGAUUUCAUUGAAAGAGUUAAAGAUUUUGAUUUGCUAUAUAAUAAAAAAAAUUUCAAUUAUAGCAAUGUUUCUGAAAGGGACCGAAUAUGGAUGACGUUAUCAAGGGAAUUCAAUUGCGAUGCGAAAAAGAGAUGGAUAAGGCUCCGUGACAAGUAUGUUAGAUCUAAAAGAAUGCUAAAAUAUGAUGGAUCUGAUUUUCAAAGUUCGAUGAGUUUUAUCGACAAACAUAUAAAACCGAGGAGGAGAUUUCCAAAAAAUGAAAUAUAUUGCGAUGAACCUGAAAUAGAAGAUGUGAAAUCAUUUUAUAAUGAAUUUUGUACAGAAAUUACAAGUGAAAUACAGAAUAGUACCGACAAUAUGCAAGUUCAAGAUACGUCGGAUUUUUCUGAUAACGAAGCGACACAAUCAAAAAUUGAACAAGUCAGUCCUUAUGACGAAACAUUUCAACUAGAUUUUAUAAAAACUUUGAAAGCUAUACAAGAUAAACUGCAAAAAAAAAUGCGAAAAAGUGAAGAAAACGACGAAGAUACAUGUUUUAUGCGGUUAAUUACAUCAAAAAUGAAUAAAAUGUCUUCUGUAGAAAAAUCUUUAUUUCAAUUAGAAAUUUUAAAAAAAGCUGACGAAAUAAUUAUUAAUAAAAAUUGAUGUAUCAAACACUGUUUGCAGUUAAAAAUAAAAUCUUAUCCUUAACUUUAAA